AUGGGCGAUUCGGGCCCAACAUACCUGGGCUUGGACCUCAGCACUCAGCAGCUGAAGGCUAUCGUCGUGGAUGAUCAGCUGAAAGUACUUGACGAAGCUUAUGUUCAGUUUGACAAUGAUCUACCGGAGUUCAGAACAUAUGGAGGAGUAAUAAAUAAAAAAGAAUCGGCAAGUGUAGCUGUAGCGCCAUGUCUCAUGUGGGUGAAAGCAUUAGAUAUGCUCCUGGACAAACUCCGUGUUUGCGGUGUAGAUUUCGCCAGGGUCCAAGGCAUUUCCGGCUGUGCCCAGCAACAUGGGACGGUAUACUGGAGCAAAGGGAGCCGCGAGUUGCUGAGGAAUUUAAGCCCGGAUAAAUUUUUACAUCAACAACUUUGUAAUGCCUUUGCUACUAACUAUUCACCGAUUUGGAUGGACUCGAGUACUUCUGCUGAGUGUGAAAUCCUUGAACAAACUGUCGGUGGUCCACAAAACUUGGCACAGAUAACAGGAUCGAAAGCUUACGAAAGAUUCUCAGGCCCUCAAAUAGCUAAAAUUUGGCGAACUCGUCCAGAUGCUUAUGCUAAUACAGAAAGAAUAUCAUUAAUAAGUAGCUUUGUGGCGAGUCUCCUCGUCGGCGACUACGCACCGAUUGAUUAUUCCGAUGGCUCCGGUAUGAAUCUUCUUGACAUUCGUACUAAAGAUUGGAAUGAUCAGCUCUUAGAGGCUAGUGGACCAGAUUUACGAGGCAAACUUGGCGAGACUGUACCCUCGUAUACAAAUCUCGCUUCAAUCUCAAGUUACUAUGUCGAAAGGUUUGGCUUUUCCGAUCAGUAUGAUCCUAAAACAUUGCCUGAAGGACAUGUUUUGUGUAAUCCUCUAGAUAAAGAUGCUUAUAUGACUAUGCUGUGCUUUAAAAAUGGAUCGUUUACACGUGAAAGAAUACGAGAUAGUGCAGCGGGUGGCUCGUGGCAAAUAUUCAACGAGCUUCUAGACAGCACUCCGCGAGGUAAUUUUGGAAACAUCGCUCUGUACUUCGACGCUCCGGAAAUAAUUCCAGCGCUCGUUGGCGAUCACAGGUUCAACAAAGCCGAUGACAAAAUAUCGAGAUACAGCUCCAAAGAAGUGGAAGUAAGAGCUCUUAUUGAAGGGCAAUUUAUAGCCAAGAGAGCUUACGCUGAAGAUUUUGGAUUUGUUAUUGCUUCCAACAGCCGUAUUAUUGCUACUGGUGGUGCGUCAGCCAACAAAACUAUGCUGCAGGUUCUUGCCGAUGUAUUUAAUGCUCCAGUUUACACAACUGAAGUCGCCAAUUCUGCAGUACUAGGUGCAGCUUAUCUAGCAAAAUACGCUUUGCAUAGAGAUAAAAAUAAUUUUCAAGAAAUUACUAAGUACAUUCCUGAACCACAACUUUUAUGCACGCCGUACAGCGACGCUGAAAGUAUAUAUAAGCCAAUGGUGGCGCGUUAUCGAAGAAUUGUUGCACAACUAUUGAAACAAAAUGCCAGUAGCUGA